CUUGUCCUGAACGCCGACGACGAUGGUGAGAAUCAUCAUAAAGGGCGGUGUAUGGAAGAACACGGAGGAUGAGGUGUUGAAGGCGGCCAUUGCGAAGUAUGGCAAGAAUCAAUGGGCCCGAAUCUCGUCUCUGCUGGUUCGGAAGACGCCCAAGCAGUGCAAGGCGCGUUGGUACGAAUGGCUCGACCCCUCUAUCAAGAAGACGGAGUGGUCGAAGACGGAAGACGAAAAGCUCCUCCACCUCGCCAAACUCAUGCCUACCCAAUGGCGCACCAUAGCCCCGAUCGUCGGUCGCACGGCCACGCAAUGCCUCGAGCGCUACCAAAAGCUGCUCGACGAGGCCGAGGCGAAGGAGAACGAGGAGCUCGGUCUCGCUGGCCCGGGCGACGGCGGCGCCCCCUCCACCUCCGCCGACAUCCGCCGCCUGCGCCCCGGCGAGAUCGACCCCGACCCCGAGACGAAGCCCGCGCGGCCGGACCCGAUCGACAUGGACGAGGACGAGAAGGAGAUGCUGUCCGAGGCCCGCGCGCGCCUCGCGAACACGCAGGGCAAGAAGGCGAAGCGCAAGGCGCGCGAGCGGCAGCUCGAGGAGGCGCGCCGCCUCGCCGUGCUGCAGAAAAAGCGCGAGCUGAAGGCGGCGGGCAUCAUCAUGCGGUCGAAGACGAAGAAGAAGGGGAUGGACUACAAUGCGGAUAUCCCGUUCGAGAAGAAGCCUGCGGCUGGGUUCUAUGACACGUCGGAGGAGCAGGCGCGUAUAGCUGCGGCGCCUGUGGGUCAGUCGCUGCGUCGGCUUGAGAACAAGCGUAAGCCGGACGAGGAGGAAGCCGAGCGGAAAAAGCGCCAGCGCCGCGACAAGGACGGUCCCAAGGAGACCAAGUUUGUCGCUGCACGCGAUGCGCAGAUUCAGAAGCUCAAGGAGGCGGACUCUAUCGGUCGGCGGCGCAAGCUCAUGCUGCCGCCUGCUCAGGUCGGAGAGGCAGAGCUGGAGGAUAUCGUCAAGCUUGGUAUGGCCAGCGAGAACGCGAAGGCUCUGGUCGAAGGCGGCACGGAAGCUAGCGGUCGCCUCCUUGGAGAGUACGAUGGCUUGGAGAGCGCCAAGAUGGCAAGAACACCUCGCACAGCAGCUCAGCAGGAUACCAUCAUGUCUGAAGCCAGAAAUCUUCGCAAUAUGACCAUGGCUCAGACCCCUCUUCUCGGCGACGAGAACACCCCCAUGCACGAGCGUCCGGGAGGCGGUACUGGCUUCGAAGGUGCUACACCUCGCCACCAAGUUGCUGUGACCCCAAAUCCUCUUGCGACUCCCCGCGAAGCCCAAUUAACUGAUGGCUCGGCCAUCGGUGCGACUCCCCUUCGCACCCCACGGGACAACCUGUCCAUCAACGUCGAUGGCACCGUGGCGAUUGCGCAAACCCCGCGCGACAAGCGACUUCGGGAUACGUCCACGAAGCGGGCGCUUCGCGCUGGUUUCAUGAGCCUGCCGAAGCCGGAGAAUAACUUCGAGCUACUGGUGCCCGAUGAGGAAGAGGAAGAUGAGGGUGCAGAGGUGCCGAUGUCGGAGGAGGAUGCGGCAGAGCGCGAUGCACGUCUCCAGCGGAUUCGGGAAGAGGAGGAGCGCAAGGCGCUUGCGCGGCGGUCGCAGGCCGUCAAGCUCGGCCUCCCGCGGCCUGCGAAUGUCGACCCCGCGGAUCUCCUGGCGCGACUCAGUCUGGAGGAGGAUGAGCAGGAUGCGGAGACGGCUGCUGCGCAGCGCUUGGUGAAUGCCGAGAUGGCCGCGCUGCUAGCUCACGAUGCUAUUGCGCACCCUCUUCCGGGCACUUCGCAUCCAGGAUAUACGCAAUCCACAUAUGUGCCACCCGACGACGCAAGCAUGGACGCGGCUCGCGCUGCCGUCCAUGCCGAAUUAUCUUCCCUCGUCGGCUUCAACGGCGUCUCCCCGGAACAGCUACACGAUGGCCUUCUAGCGCUCGUCAAGGCCGAACCGGUGGACGACAGUAUAUCUUGGGGUGUCGUCCGGCAAUCCCUCGCCUACGACUCGGAGCGCCAUAUGUUCGUCGAGCCCUCUUCUCUCACCGAAGAGCAGCGCGCCUGGGGCUGGGCCGCGCUCCUCGCCGAAGCCCGGGACGCCAUGACCAAGGGUGCACAGAAGGCGAGCAAGGCAGAGAAGAAGCUUGGGGUGCAGCUCGGCGGUUAUCAGGCGCGAUCUGGGGCAUUGUCGAAGCGCGUCAUGGACGCGUUCGACGGCUUGUUGCACCACAAGAUCGAGCUGGAAAGCUUCUCUAAGCUUCUGGCGAACGAGAAGGUUGCGGGCCCUCGUCGCGUGGCGGCGCUCAAGGAGGAGACAGAGUACCUGGAAGGACGGGAGCGGAGACUGCAGGGCAGGUAUGCGGAGCUGGACGCGGAGCGUCGCGAGGCAGAGGCGCGUGUGGCAGCCCUCGAGGAGAAGAUUAUGUUGGAGGCGGAGGCGCUGAACGAGGCUGCCCUUGCUGCGAUGGAGGAGUGAUCUUGUGUACUUAUCAUGCUGUUGCAGUGUGUAGCCUAUAUAGUGAACAUGCAGCUCCCUGUACGCGUCUCGGUAUACGGACUUGUGUGAUGUGCAUGCAGACAGCGCGCCCACACAAAUAUAGCCUGGGGAUCCGCCGG